AUGAGCCUCCUUCCUGGGCAGAUGUUGCCCGAUGGGGGUGGAAGGACCCAGGACGGCUCGGCCGGGCUGGUGCUGGUGUCUCCAGGGGUGAAAGCCUGGGUGGAGCUGCGGAAAUCAUGCGGCCGGACCGGGGCUGAGAAGGUUGUGCAGCGCAUCAAAGCCGUGGAGACAGAGACCCGCUUGCUCGUGGUGGACAAGGAGACGGACGAGUACCUGUGCAGCCUGCGCCUGACGUGCACGGAGGACAUGGUGCACAGCGGGAUCCUGCUCAACUCCAGCGUAUCUCCCUCCAAGUCAGUGGGCAGCGACAACGGGGAGGUGUGGAAGCCGCAGCGGGGGCCGAGCGGGGGCACACUCAACGGGGACAGCCUCCAGCGCCACUCGCACAGCUUCUCCUCGCACGGCAGCAGGAAGGAUUUAAACGGACAGAAGGAGCUGUGCCCACGUCUCUGCCACCUGAAGAAGGGUCCCAAUGGCUACGGCUUCAACCUGCACAGUGAGAAGUCCCGGCCGGGGCAGUUCAUCCGCUCGGUUGAUCCCGACUCACCAGCUUCCAGAUCGGGGCUGCGGCCCCAGGACCGGCUGGUGGAGGUGAAUGGCAUAAACGUGGAGGGGCUGCGGCACUCGGAGGUGGUGUCCCACAUCAAGUCCAGGGAGAACGAAGCCAGGCUCCUGGUGGUGGACCCUGAGACAGAUGAUUACUUCAAGAAGCUGGGGGUGACCCCCACGGAGGAGCACACCAAAGGUGUGGUACCUCAGCCCAUGACAAACGGAUCUGCACAGACUCAGCUGAAUGGAGGAUCCACAUCUUCAUCUCACAGCGACCUUCAGAGUCCUGGGAAGGAAUCAGAGGAUGGAGACAUAGAGAAGAAAGACCCGUUUGAGGAGAGCGGGUUGUCCUUGAGCCCAACGGCUGCUGAGGCCAAGGAGAAGGUGAGGGCCAAGCGUGUGAAGAAGAGAGCUCCGCAGAUGGACUGGAACAAGAAGAGAGAGAUAUUCAGCAACUUCUGA